GGCAGUGAAACGAGCGCACCGUACCACCAACAGCCCGUGGAUAAUGCUUAUGAAGAAAUAAUCAGCGAUCAUGAGUCAAAAGCGACCGGCGGUGCAGCUCCCGGAAACAGCGAAGCUAGCAUCGGCACACUGGAGCAGAAGGGUGGUGCUGCUGGAGCCGGACCAAGCAGCUAUCAGGAAAGCAAUGCUGCUGCCGGAGCUGGAGCCGGCCCAGGCAGUUAUCAGGAAACAGGCGCCGCCGCAGGAGUAGCUCCAUCCGGAGCCGGCUCAGGCAGCUAUCAGGAAACAGGUGCAGUGGGGGGAGCAGCUCCAAGCGGAGCUGGCUCAGUCAGUUAUCAGGAAACGGGCGCUGCGGGGCCUGCUCCAUCCGGAACCGUGUCGACCAGUUAUCAAGAAACCGGUGCCGCCGGAGGUGCAUCGAGUAAUUAUCAGGAAAAUGCAAUAGCUCAACCUGCUCCAAUAUAUCCCGCACAACCUGCCGCGGCAGCGUCACAAGCAUCACAAGGAGCAGCAGCGCCACAGCCUCAACCGCAAAUACAGACUUACCAGGAGAGCCAACAGUCUUCCCAGCAAGGAAGUUAUGAAAGUCAGGAAGCUUCAGCAGCAACAGGAGCUAGCAGCACGAGCGGUGGGGCAGGCGUACAGGUUCCGGAACAACCUGCUCCCGAGCCGAAAUACCAGACUCAGCCGGAGGAAAUUGCUCAACAACCAAAAUAUCAAGCACCAGCCGGAAGUAGUGGUAGUGAGGGGGCGGCUGUGGUACCACCAGAACCA